AUUUUGGGGCCUCAGGCAGAAUGAGGUCAAGGCCUCGUUUUCCAUUCCAUUCCCUCCAUUCCUCCUUCCCCCCCAAACUUCGACUUUCCUCUCCUCUUCUACCCUCUCUACCCUCCUCGUCUCCGCGCUCGUCUCCUCGUCGUAUUUCUCUAGUCUCUCUCCCCACACCCACUCCCCUGCGCAUCAUUGAUGCGUUGUCACCUCUGCUGAAGUCGACUCUCGUCUUCAUUGGUCAGAAUUUCCCUGACUAGUUCGUUCUAUCAAGCGGCUCGGUUUGCUCGACUCGGCGCACGAGGACUCUUUAACAACCACAGCGUUCGCUUAUAUCACAUCAAUCCUCCUGUGCGCCUUCUAGGCUUUCAAGCCAACGUCAUGAGCUCCUCUGAGGAUGACAUUCCUCUCGUGCGCGCCAACGGCCGCGCCAAUGCCCCUUCCUCCUCGACCAAGCCUCCCGCGACAAACGGCGAUCUCGACCCCGGCAUGUCGGUUCGCUUUGGACCCGUACGAGACAAGGACAUCGACAUGAAGGACGCGGAUGCGCCUGCCCUGAGCAAGCGCAAGUCGCGGGCAAGCACUGACAAAACGAAGUCAUAUACCGAGCCUGAGAGCAGCGAAGAUGACCAGCCCUUGAGCAAGCGCCGGCGAACUUCGGUCAAACACGAGGACCCCGAAUCGGAUGAUGACGUUCCGCUGGCCCUCAACGGACGAAAGCUCCCAAAGGCCUCUGAGACGGCUAUUGGCGAAGAAUCCGAUUCCGACAUCCCAAUUGAGCGCAAACUCACCGCGCAGAAGAAGAAGAUUGAGAAGCGGGCGGAAAAGGUGGCCAGCCUUGCGCGCAAGCCUUCGGCCUCUAAAGCUAAGCCCGUGGCUUCGACCAAGAAGUCAGCGAAUGGCGUCAAGAAGGAACCGGUGGACGAUAAAUCUUCUGUGAAGAAGGUGAAAGCCGAGCCGGUGUCUUCGAAAAAGGGCAAAGACAAGGUCAAGGCCGAGAGCGAGGAUGCGGAAGAUGGGGAGGAAGAAUAUCGCUGGUGGGAAGAUCCUACCAAGGGCGAUGGCACCAAGAAGUGGACGACUCUUGAGCACAACGGUGUGGUGUUCCCUCCUCCAUACGAGCCUUUGCCUCAAAAUGUCAAGUUGAAGUACGACGGUGUUCCUGUGAUUCUUCAUCCUGAGGCUGAGGAGGUUGCGGGCUUCUUCGGAAGCAUGCUCAACUCGACGCAUAACGUGGAGAACCCUGUCUUCCAAAAGAACUUCUUUAUGGAUUUCAAGGAUAUCCUCAAGAAAACCGGCGGCGCCAAGGAUUCCAAGGGCAACAAGGUCGAUAUCAAAGAGUUUGCCAAGUGCGACUUCAAGCCUAUCUUUGAGUACUACGAUGCCCAGCGCGAGGAGAAGCGGAAUCUGCCUGCAGCAGAGAAGAAGCGCCUGAAAGCCGAGAAAGAUGAGCAAGAGGCUCCCUACAUGACGUGCAUUUGGGAUGGUCGUCAACAAAAGGUCGGCAACUUCCGUGUGGAACCGCCUUCGCUAUUCCGUGGCCGAGGUGAACACCCAAAGACUGGACGCGUCAAAACCCGUGUGCAGCCCGAGCAAGUCACCAUCAACAUCGGCAAGGAGGCUAAAGUUCCCCCGCCACCUCCAGGUCACAAGUGGAAGGAAGUGAAGCAUGACCAGGAAGGCACGUGGCUUGCUAUGUGGCAAGAGAACAUCAACGGUAACUACAAAUACGUCAUGCUGGCUGCCAAUUCCGACGUCAAGGGCCAAAGCGACUACAAGAAGUUCGAGAAGGCCCGCGAGCUCAAGAAGCACAUCGACAAGAUCCGCAAGGAUUACACGAAGAACAUGAAAAAUGACCUGAUGGUGGAGCGUCAGAAGGCGACGGCCAUGUACCUGAUUGACAAAUUUGCUCUGCGUGCUGGCAAUGAGAAGGGCGAAGAUGAGGCAGAGACUGUCGGCUGCUGUUCAUUGAAGUAUGAGAACAUUACUUUGAAGCCACCACAGACUGUCGUCUUCGACUUCUUGGGUAAGGAUAGUAUUCGGUUCUACGACGAGGUUACGGUGGACCCACAGGUGUUCAAGAACUUGAAGAUCUUCAAGAAGGCGCCGAAAAAGAAUGGUGACGAGAUCUUUGACCGACUCACUACUUCCGCGCUCAACAAGCACUUGCAGAACUACAUGUCCGGUUUGACCGCCAAAGUGUUCCGUACAUACAAUGCUUCCUUUACCAUGAGCGAAUUGCUCAAGGACUUGAAGGCUUCUGGCACCAUCCCCGAGAAGAUCAAGGCCUAUAACGAUGCUAACCGCCGGGUUGCUAUUCUGUGUAACCAUAAGCGAACGGUCGGGGCUGCCCACGCCAACCAGAUGGAGAAGAUGAGUGAACGGAUCAAGGGACUUCGCUUCGAAAGAUGGCGACUGAAGAUGCAGAUGCUCGACCUAGAGCCUUCCCUCAAGAAGAAGAAGGGCGCUUCUUUCUUCGAGCUGGAUGAGGAUUUGACCCCUGAGUGGGUUAAGGAAUACCAGGCUUACAAGGUCGAGGAGGCCACUCAGAAGAUCACGAAGAAGUUCGAGAAGGACAAUGAAAAGCGAGUGGCGGAUGGCGAGAAGGCAAUGAAGGCAUCAGAGCUCACCGAACGGUUGAGCGCCGUCAAGGACUUGGAGAAGAAAUACAAUAAAGAGAACAAGACCGGAAAGGUUGAGGCAGAAGGCCGUGGCCCCACGGUUGAGAAGAUCGAGGGCAACAUCAAAAAGCUAGAGCAGCGUAUUGAUGCCAUGCUGCUUCAGGCCCAGGACAAGGAAGACAACAAGGAGGUCGCAUUAGGUACCUCCAAGAUUAACUACAUCGACCCCCGUCUCACUGUUGUCUUCAGUAAGAAGUUCAACGUGCCCAUUGAGAAGUUCUUCUCCAAGGCUCUCCGCGAGAAGUUCGAAUGGGCCAUCAAAUCCGUUGACGAGAAUUGGGAGUUCUAAGCCGUCUUCAUCUACAAUCAGAUUGCCACGGGCAGUCCUGAUUGUCCAUACAAUAUCAUCUUAUACUAUCUCCAGGCCCUGAACAGUGGAGAGGUGGCUUUUGUUCUUUUCGUCUUUUCUUUCGUUGCGUUUCUUUUCUUGAAAUACGAUGUGCUGAUGUGCAGCACCGCGGUUUGAUACUUGCCCACCCCGUUGGUCUCACACAUGAGGUCCACAUGACGUUGUAUACAUCAAAUGCCAUUCAUGGCGCUCUCGGAGAGAUUUUAACUACAACAAGCACAAAGAACACCUGCAAAAAAAGAUUCAAGUCGAAUAGCAUUGAACUCGGUUGUUGAAUUGUCGCAUUGCCCAUUCAUUCAGCCCAGUCUUUCUCGAUCUGUCCAUAGUAGCCCUAUUUAGCUCGAAUGGAAGAUCACAAUGUGUUCUAU